AUGUCAUCUGGGCUGCAACGACGAAGGGGCCACGGUGGUACGACUGCGACUACCGAGCGGGGGGGCACGUUUGAAAAUGAUGAUCAUCGCGUUGCGUACGACUCCAGAGAUGUGCCGUCCGAUAACGACGAGCAGGCCCAGUCCCGGCUAACCCUAAUGGAAGAGGUGCUGCUUUUGGGUAUCAAGGACGAAGAGGGCUACCUCUCUUUCUGGAACGACAGCAUCUCGUACGUGUUGAGAGGAUGUAUAAUGAUAGAAUUGGCUUUGCGUGGCAAAAUCGCCAUGGUCAAUGACCCAGUGCGUCGGCGUGUACCUUUAGAAGACCGAUUGGUCGAACUUGUCGACAGUCGGAUGACCGGAGACGUCCUGUUGGACGAGACACUCAGACUCAUGAAACAAACCGAAGAACAUCUGAGCGUGGCUACUUGGAUAAAUUAUCUGUCUGGUGAGACCUGGAAUAUAACCAAGAUUUCGUACCAGCUCAAACAAGUGCGUGAGCGACUGUCAAAGGGCCUAGUUGAUAAGGGUAUUCUGCGCACAGAAAAGCGUAAUUUCUUUUUGUUCAAUAUGCCUACACAUCCUCUUGCGGAUGCGGCUGUAAAAGAAGAAGUCCGCCGCAGGCUGGUCCAUUUGGUCACUACAAAUGAGCCCAACCUGGAGCCCACUUCAACCUGUCCGGCAAAAAUGCCUUACCGCUAUUUGCGGACUAUUGCGCUGGUCACUUCUGCAUAUACCGGUGAUGUGCUUGAGAACGCCCUUACUUUGAUGGGCUACGACGCUCGCGAUAAAGCGUUUAUGCGCGCUCAGGCCCUACUCGAUGAUUACUCCGAGUAUCCGUUCAGCACCCGUCACGAAGCCUGGGCCACCGCUCUGGCCGAACUGGUCUCUUAUGAAACAGAUAAUCUCAGUGAUACGGCUAAUCUUUCAAUCGAGGUUUUUGCUGCCGUUCUUAAAGUGUACACUCAGGUCCAUGACAACCCUCUUUGA